AUGACUGGACAGUCUCAGCAGCAGCCGGCGCAGCAGCCUGCGGGCGGCGUAGGUGCGCAGCAGCAGCUGGCUGGCAGCGGCAGCGGCGGCGCCUCGCUGCCCUACCCGGCGCAGCCCGCCACCUACAUGCAGCAGUUUUAUGCGCAGCAGCAGCUGGCGGAGGAGCUGCGCAAAUUCUGGGCGCAGAUGCAAACCGAGGUGGAUGAGCACAGCGAGGUGCUACAGGACUUUAAGAACCAGGCGCUGCCACUGGCGCGCAUAAAGAAGAUCAUGAAGAGCGAUGAGGAUGUGCGCAUGAUCAGCGCCGAGGCGCCCGUGCUGUUUGCCCGCGCCUGCGAGUUCUUCAUCCAGGAGCUCACCAUCCGGUCGUGGAGCGCGGCGCAGGAGUUUAAGCGGCGCACGCUGCAACGCAGCGACGUGGCCACCGCCAUCGCACGCACAGACAUCUUUGACUUCUUGGUGGACAUUGUUCCGCGGGAGGAGGCUAACGAGCUGGCUGGCGGGGACGCUGCGGCGGCAGGGCAGCUGGCAGGCGUGGCGGUGCCGCCGAUGCCGCUUGGCCAGGCGCCGCCAAUGCCGCUGGGCCUGUUCCCGCCAGGUGGCCAGCAGGGGCAGCAGCAGCAGGGGUUCCUGCCUCCGCCGGGGCAGCAGCAAUUCCUGCAGCCGCCGCCCGGGCAGCAGCAGUUCCUGCAGCAGCAGCAGCAGCAGGGGGCGCCCGGCAACCAGGGUGGCGGCCCCGGCAUGCUGCCCUACAACCUGCCCCCCUACAUGGCACCGCCACCCUUCAGCUUCCAGCUGGGCGCGCCCUCGCAGCAGCAGCCCGGCAUGCAGUUCCCGCCGCCGCAGUGA